CGGGAAUUUAAAAACCUAACCUACUACCUAAAAACGGAAAGUCGGUUUCGAAUGUUCGUUGUGAAUGUUUUUUUGCUACAACAGAAAUAAUUACCGAAACGUUAUGUGUGACAAUGAGCAUUUAUCGGGCUAAAACCAAACAAGAAGUUUAUUUGACAUCGUUACUCUACGACUCCAUCGAUGACAACAAUUUCAGGGCAGUUCGAUCGUUGUUGUGCGAAAAAGGGGCGAAUCCCAACUUUAUAGUACCUACCAAAGGAAUAUCACCGUUUCACCUAGCAGUAGGCAUCGAUGAUUGCGAUUUCGCAUUGAAAGUAACUUGCUUGAUUUUGGAAUUUGGAGGAGAUCCUAACGUUAGGUCCGAAGACGGUUUGACGCCCGUCCAUAUAGCAUCGGCAUGGAAUCGCCUGGACAUACUGAAGUUGCUCAUGCGUUGCGGCGGCGACGCCGAACUGAGAGACGCCAAUUGGAUGACGCCCGUGCAGUACGCCUUGAAAGAAAAUCUGCCGGAUUGCGUCGACCUCCUUAGGGACCAUUUGCCCGACAAGUACGAGGCCAUGCACGAGGAUCUCCGAGACUGCUACCAAUUCAGUUUCGAUAAACUAUUAGUGAAUAAUGGCAACUUAAUCGGCGAAUACGAAAUCGACGAAGAAACCGCCCGCAGUAUUAACGCAGACCGGCCUUUACUGGACCUAGUCAAUCAGCCCGAACCCGACCACACUAAAUUAGUAUUAAACUGGUUCGAAACCCACGUAGACGAGGCCAAAGUCGACGAAACCUUCACCGUCAAUCGCCCCAACUCCACCGACGAAGACUUCGUGUCCUACGAAAGCUCCGCCGACGAAUCCGACGUCGUACUAAACCCGAAAACGCUUAAUUCGACGAUCAAAAAAACCUACAAGAAGAAGAGGAAGAUCGAAAGACAGCCGAAUCCUCGCUCGUCCACACCGCAAACCUCCCCGAAAUCCUGCAUGGUCGAACGAAAUCCGCAAUGCUCGUCCGAAUCGGGUAUUCAGACACUACCCUGUUCGGGGAACUCCCUAUCGUCGGUGAAACCACCGGAAACGAGCAGCGAUUACAUGACGUGCAGCGGAAACAGCAUACUAAACCAGAACAUCCUGGCUAUAUACGAUGCCAGUAAGAGUCUGUUCGCUUCGGACGAGUCCUGCAACAAAUCCUGCGAGUCCUACGAGGCGAGUUUCGUCACCGUUUCGGAGGUGUACAAGUACGAAGACGAGCAGGAAGGGAUUGUCCUGUACGAGAAGCGCUCGAUCGAUAUCGGUAGGUGUAGCGAGAGCGUUCUAACGGGUUCGAUCUCGUCGAAAAUGUCCCAGCUACCCGACAGGCUGUGCUACGAUUUUAGCGCGCUGCGCCAGGCGCUGCUCGAGCUGGGUUACCCCGCUGGUCCCGUCACUUCUACGACGAGGUCGGUGUAUUUGAAGAAAUUGCGCGAAUUGCAAAGCCGAGGGGGCCAAGCGGCGGUGGUCGCCGCGACGCCGGAGGACGUCGAAAGAGUCUACUCUCGUGAAUUACGGAAGACCCUGAGGAAUGGCGAUUGGACGUCGAAUUUGGAUCAUUACAAGCAGUUGGAGACCACCAUGAUGGAGCAAUUUAGGGAUCCUUCGAAAAAAUGGGUAGAAGGAAGGGCCAAGGCUUCCUUUGCUUAUUUGCUUUUGGAUCCGAGGAAAACGAACAAUCUGCGGGAGGAGGCGGAUUUAAAGAAAGCCUGGGAGAGGUUUUUAGCUGCCAUUUUCUACGUUGGAAAAGGUAAAAGAAACCGGCCCUUUCAGCACCUCUACGAAGCGAGGCGCAAGUGGGACAAACCGAACAACACCACGAGCACCGAGGCCAAAGAGGUCAGAAUCCUGGAUAUAUGGCGGGCCGGGCGCGGCGUGAUAUGCCUCCACGUGUUCCAGAACAUCAUGCCCGUGGAGGCCUACACCAGAGAGGCGGCCAUGAUAAGCGCCCUGGGCCUCAGAAACUUGUCCAAUAAGGACGCAGGGAAGUAUUACGGGGUCGCUUGCCAAUGGAGCGACAGGGAUAAGGAGAAAUUGGGGGCGUAUUUGUUGCACAAAGCGAUGAAUAUAUUUUUGAACGAAUGCGGAUCCGAGAUAUAUCCGGAGAAUCUUAAUUGAUUGGGGGCUGUAUUGUGGUAUAUCCGAGAUGUGGAAAUAUAGUAAGAUUAUUUUAACGGUAACGCCAUGUUUUAAUAUAAGUAGGUUUUACUUAUCGACUGAUCGAUGACGAUUAUUCUUUUAAAGAUAAUUUGAAAUUAUGUUAACGAAUAGUGCAAUUAACAAAAGUAUAAUUUAUAAGAUAGCUUUUUAUAUAUAUUGAAAUUUUGAAU